CCUCUCACAUCUUCAUCUAAAACUCGUUGUUAAACCGGGUGUCCAAAGUUUACCAUGAGCUCUUCUUUUAUUUUUCCUCUUUCCCCUUGUAAUAUAUUCUCCAGUAAAACGGGGGACAUUGAUUGGUACAAUGCAGUUGCAAUUGUAGAGACUGAUUCUACCUGGGAUCAAUUGAGAAGUUCAUCCCCUGAGACUCCCCCAGCCAAAAUCACACGCCUUAUUACCUCACCCCUAUCCUCUUUGUCCUCAUCCGUAACCUACUCCCCAGUUUGUAAUUUUUCACAAAAUAUUCAAACACGUAAUAUUGCUGCUAAACAAGCAACAAUAACAUCAACAACUGCUGGAACAAUUAUGGACGGUAUGGACAAACCGGCGCUCAAUGAUGACCCCUCGGUCACCCUCACUAUUCGCCUCAUCAUGCAAGGCAAAGAAGUUGGAAGUAUCAUUGGCAAGAAAGGUGAAAUUGUCACGAGAUUUCGUGAAGAAUCUGGAGCUAAGAUCAAUAUAUCAGAUGGUUCUUGUCCUGAACGUAUUGUAACUGUAACUGGACCAACAAAUUCAAUAUUCAAGGCAUUUACAUUGAUAUGCAAGAAGUUUGAAGAAUGGUGCUCACAAUUUCAUGAGAUACCAAGUGGUAAUGGUGCAACUAGAACUCCAAUAACAUUAAGACUUAUUGUGCCAGCAUCACAAUGUGGUUCAUUAAUUGGAAAAGGUGGUUCAAAAAUUAAAGAAAUACGUGAAGUAACUGGUGCAUUGAUACAAGUUGCAUCAGAAAUGUUGCCAAGUUCGACUGAACGUACAGUUACAAUUUCAGGAACAAGUGAAGCAAUUACACAGUGUAUAUAUCAUAUUUGCUGUGUCAUGCUAGAGUCCCCUCCCAAAGGUGCCACGAUUCCUUAUCGCCCUAAACCCCAAGUCGGUGGGCCAGUGAUCCUGGCUGGUGGUCAAGCCUACACCAUCCAGGGUAAUUACGCGGUGCCCGCCCACUCGGACGUAAGUACAGUAUUGUCAUUGCCGGUAUCUGCUGCCGGGCCUGCCCAACCCUCGCUAAAUUCUCAAAAUUUUAACGCCUCGCAUUUCGCGGCAACCCAUCAUCCAUCACAUUUUGCUUCACAUGUACAUCAGCUAAUUCCUCAUCAUCUCACUGGACCCCAUCAUCCAUUACAUCCAAAUUCCUUACACGCAAGCGUGGCAGGCCUCGCCGACCCCCUGCUGAAGAGUGGACACUUGCAGGCAGCCCUCCCGCCCGCGCUCAUGGCAGACGCCAUGGGAAAACUUGGUAGUAAUCCUCUUGCUGGUCUUGCGGCACUUGGACUUGGUGGACUUGCAACUCCAGCAAAUACUGGAGGUUUAAAUCCAGCUGCAUUAGCAGCAUUGGCUGGAAGUCAAUUGCGUACAAGUCAUACAAACAGACAACAGCCAGCAGCAAAUAAUCAGACACAUGAAAUGACUGUACCAAAUGAACUCAUUGGCUGUAUAAUCGGUAAAGGUGGUACUAAAAUUGCUGAAAUACGUCAAAUAUCCGGAGCUAUGAUCAGAAUCAGUAAUUGCGAGGAACGAGAGGGUGGUGCAACAGAUCGUACAAUCACAAUAACUGGAAAUCCAGAUGCAGUUGCAUUAGCACAGUACCUUAUCAACAUGAGGAUAUCAAUGGAGACUGCUGGAAUGGCGAUUCCAGCUUAUCAUUACAUCGCUCCAAAUCACAUUGUCAAAGCACCAAUUCACUAAUGACAUCAUAAUGACAACUGAUCAACUUAAUUUGCAGUUUUAGUUUUUUUUUUAAUCGUUGUUUUUGUUUUAUUUUGUUUUUUUUUAAAUUAUUUUAUUUGCUUCGUUCUCAUUUCAACAUUUUUAGUAUUUUUUCAUCUAUCGACAUGAAAAAAAGAGAAAGAGAGAAAAAUAUAGUUGAAUGUCAUAGAAAAAAAAAUAAGGAGACAAAAUAUUUGAGCCAGAUAGACACGAACAUUUAUUAGGCUUCAAAGAAAGAAAGAAAAAAAAAUUAUAUAUAGAAGAAUAAUGAUUGUCAAUGAGUCAAGUGGAAUAAUGUCUAAAUCGGUGGAGGAGGUCAACAUGAAAUUCAAUUUAAUUAGAUUAACAAAUAAAAAAGAAAAAAUUAAAUUAUAAAUUAAUAAACAUCAUAAUAUUACGUUGCAGAUAAUAAUGCUGCCGCAGGUUGGUAAAGGGAACAAAUGCCAAAGAUACGUUAGUUUUCAUUUUUAUAUAUUUAAAAAAAAGCAAAUAAUAGAAAGACAAAAAUAAUAAUAUUAAUAAUAAUAAUAAUAAUAAUAAAAUAACAACAAGAUAAGAAAAAAGAAAAAAAAAAUAUGGAAAUACUUGAAAAGUAUUCCAAUAAAAUUGAAUAAAAAAAAAUUAAUAUUCUCACAAUUGAUAAAAUUGGCAAUUAAAAAUGCUUUUUUUUUUUUAAUUUUUUAAUAUAGAAAUUGAAUUAAAAUAUUAGCCAGAUGAACGAAUAUCAAUUGAAGAUAAAUAAUAAUAAAAUAAUGAAAAUAAUUCGGAUAGACAGGGUUGAAAUUAAAUUUUAAAAAAAAGUUAUUUUCUAUUUAAUUUUUGAUUCAAUGAUUCACCUGGCUUGUUAAUAAUUCGUUUUAUCUUUUGAAUAAUAUAUAUAAAUAAUCUGAGAUGUAGAAUUUUAAAUUAUAAUCUUUAAAUAUAUUUUAUUUAUAUGAAGAAAAAAUAAAAAAAAAAAUGAAUUUUAAAAAUUAUUUUUUAUCAGAAAGUCGUGGAAAGGAUAAUAAUAUUUUGGUGAUUCUAGAGAGUAAACUGAGUGUUCUUCAAAUGAUGAUUGAUUAGUUAAUUAAAAUGAUUAAAAAAAAAUAUCGCCAUCAAUUUAUAUUGACAAUGGUAGUCACUUAUAACUCGGGACACUUUUUUUUUUUUUUAAAUAAUAAAAAAAUGAAUUAUCAACCGAAAUACAGAGGUAACAAUAUAUAUUAUAUAUAUGAACAUGCAUAUAUUAUAUAUAAAUAUAUUUAUUAUACAACUAAAAAAAAAAAAAGUAAUAAUAAUAGUAAAUAGGUAAGGCUAUACUAGAGUGAAUGGAUUUUUUUUCCAUCAGAAUGCUUUAUUAAUUACUCAAAAUUAAUUAUAAUCAGUUAAUUCUGAUUUUUUAAUUCUAACGGCAUUGUGUCAUCUUUUAAAAAUAAUUAUUUCUAAUAGAAAUAUUUAUUACAAUUUUUUUGUUUUUAAUUAGGUUAUUAAUGAAAAGAGAAUUUUUUAUUCUUAAGUUUAUAUCCUCUUCCAGCUGCGUGCCAAACAGAAUAAUAUUUUACUUUAAAAUCAGUGCUUCCCAUUGAUUAAAUAACUCGUUUUGAUUUCGAAUUUAUCAAUUAUUUAUUAUGAAUUUGAAUCAUUUAAACAAAUGAAAAUCAUAAAAUCAAUAUAUUAAAUUCGAUAAAGUUUUAAUUUUUUUAUAGUUUAUUAUGUUUUUUAUUUUUUCAUAAUUAUUUUUUUUUUUUAUAUUGUUAAAGUUAAAAACAAAAUGUGUAAAAUCAACCAGCGGCAAAACAAAGUAUUGUUGAAAUUGAUAUUAUUUAUUAAUUAUAUAUUGUAUUUAUUUAUUAUUUAGAAAAAAAAAACGUAUUUAGCCGUUGCAUAUAAAAUUUGAUUAAUUUUUAAUUUGUUAUUUAGGUUGUAAAUAAAUUUUUCUCAGCUCAAUUUUAAAAAAUAAAAUUUUUAUUUAUUUACUAUUUUAAUUAUUUUUUUGUGAAAUUCAAAUUUUUCAAAUCAUCAAAUAAUGAAAACUAAAUUAUAUCGAAUUUCAGUAGAUUUCCAGUUGUCCUCCCCACAUCAAGGUAUUAUCACCGUAAUUUUCCACAGAAAUAUCAAUUUUAUAAAAAAUAAAAUUAUAUUAAAAUAUCAUUGAAUGAGUAAAUUGAAAUAUAACAAACAAAGUAAAAAUAACAAUAAAAAAAAAAAAAAAAAGUGAAUACGAGUUAGUGAGAUGCUGAAUGAUUAUGUAUAUCAACAAUAAAAUAUCGCUGUGAUUAGAAUCGGUUUAUAGUCAUUAAUUAAGAAUGAUUAAAUUGAACAAUUAUUAGGUACACUUACGGCCAAAAAAAUGAAGAAUUAUCAAUUUAAAAAAAAAGUAUCAUAAACUUGAAAAAAAAUUAUAUUAAAAAAUGUGUUUGGCAUAUAAAAUUUUAUCGGCCUCUGUACUUUUUUAUGGGCAUUCGAUUAUCUCUCAAAUACAUUUUUUUUUUUCUUCGAUUAUUAGUUAUUAAUUAGUUGAUAAAGAAAAUAAAACAUGUCAAAUUGAAAUUGAAAAAUUCACAUAUCCGGUUAAACAUAUGAUUAGUAUUAACUUGUUAAAAUUUAAAUUUCUUAACGAUAAAAAAUAUCAUUUUAAAAACAUAAAUAUAUUUUAGGAAAAUUUCGACUGUUAAAAUCAAAUAUUUUGUCAAUUUUAUUUAAUUAAAAUAUUAACAAAGAUAAUUUUAAUUAUUAAGCAUUGUCAUUAUACCAAAUUUUAAUAAUACUCAAACUAUAUUACAUAUACACUUUAUCAAAUUAAUUGAUUUUUAUUUAUGAAUUUAAAUCUCAAAAAUGUGCCAAAAAUUGAUUCACAUUUUAAAGAAAAAAAAAAAAAAAAUUUAAAUUAAUUUUAUUUGAUAAACACUUUUAAUUAAAAAAUGUUUUCUUUUUUUUUAUUUAAUUGCAAUGUUAGUUCUAUGAAAGACAUACUUUUAAAAAAAUAAUAAUAAAAAUUAUUCAAUAAAUUUAAUUUAUUUUCUAUUUUAUUUUCAAAAGUACUUAGACACUUGUAAUUACGUUGUGGCGUAGAGCAAUCUGUUAGUGCAGGGGCCUUAUCCUUACUGCGUGAUUACUGCCAAGGUCCAAAAGAUGAAAUUAACUUUUAUACUUUAAUUUAAAUUUAAAAAAAAAAAACAAUUAUUAUUUUGUAUAGUAUUAACAAAAAAAAAAAAAAACAAUUCAAAGUAUUAUUUUCAAGAAAACAAUCUUUUUCAAAUUUAGUUUCAAUUUCUUUUUACUUUAGCUUAAUUGAAUGUUCAUAAUUUUAAUCGGGCCUUGUCAGUCAUUCAAUUUUUAUCGUAACGCAAGGCAAUCACCUAAGAAGUAACUUAGUUUUUAUAGGAUAUUAGGUGUCGUCGCGCGCACGCGUGACCCAUCGAUUAGAAAAAUAUAAUAAUACAUGACUAUUAAAUAAUUUAACAAAGCCAUAUUUUUGUAUGGCCAAAUUGCUUUUUAAAAAUUAUAUAAUCUGCAUUAAUAAAAGAAAAAAAAAAAUUGCAGAUCAUAGUGCCAAAUAAUAAUUGUCGAAUAAACAAGUAAUGUUAGUAUUAAAGUGUCGGGGUAAUGAAAAAUAUUUAUUGAUCAUAUAAAUUUAAAAAUGUGCCAAAAUUAUAUUUGAUUAUAAAUUUGUUAUUGUUAAAACUUUUUUUUUAAAUUUUUUAAUUUGAUUUUUUCUCUUAUAAAAGUUACGUAAUUAUUACUCUUGGAAAAUGAAGAUUAACGACUUAAAACUUUAUAAAUAUAUAUGUACAUUUUUUUUCUCUUUUCUGAUUAAUCAAGAGUAUCAGUAUCAUCUUUGCCAUCCUUGCAAACCAAUGAUAAGAAGAUCUAUUCAAUUUCAAACUUCUAUUAACCCUUUGGGAUUAUUUCUGGAUUAACCACAAAUUACUUUCAAUAUUGAUUAGUCACUAUUGUCUUCCUCAAACGAAAGAUUUUUUUUUUUUUUUUUAAUACAAAUAAUUUGAAUUGUCAAUUUUUUGCAUUAUCUUCCAGUUUUUUUUUUUUUCGUUUUUUCAAUUUUUCUCUUUUUAACUUUUAAACUAAAUGACGAUAAAAAUACAAAAUAUUUAUAUGCAUCAAUGAUAAUAAUAUUUGAGGAAACUAAAUAAUAAAAGAAAAAAAAUCUAUUCCCCAAUGAUUACCACCCCGUCGACACGAGUUCGGUUAUGCAGGAA